CUCGCGGUUCUCUUCCUCCACGAAAAUGGAAUCAUCCACCAGGACUUGAAGCCCGCAAACGUGAUGGUCUCGGCUGCAGGACACGUUAUUGUCGGUGACUUUGGUGCUUCUUCUUACAUGGACAGAUGUGGGAACCGGGCCGGGGUAACGCUCCAGCCCACAGACGUCGUAACAUUCACCCCGCUGUACGCAGCUCCUGAGUUGAAGUGCCGUAACACAGAAGGACUGGUGGUGUUUGACGAAAGGGUGGACUGGUGGAGUCUCGGCGUGAUGCUGUACGAGCUUGCUAUGGGAUCUGUACCAUUUCGCACGGGAGACUGCCGGACGGUGGGAGAUUUUAGCCAUGCCUUCGGUGAAAUGGAGAAGAUCUCGUCGUCUGAGGAGUGGUGGGAUAGGAGAUUCGAAGAUUUCAUCCGAGAUGUUCGUUGUGCAUCGCCUUCUUCGUCAACAGUUCUGUGCUAA